AUGACUCCCAAACCAUCAGAUGUCGAGAAGACUGACUUUGUUACUGCCACAAUGAGCAUUUUUCUGGCUGUAUCCCCUACAGCUAGACUACAUACCCGUUGCAGAAGUUUGAACCAAAUGGAUAGAGUAGGGCUUAAAAAUCCUGAUUCAGGGUUGAAUGUCCCUUUACAGCAGAGAAGGCAUAAUUUAGCUAGAUCUCAAGUGAACAGUUCUGAAUACUUUAGUGUCGCAUUUGAAAUCGAUGGUCAAGAUGCUUCAGGCCACGAGUUCUUACUAGCUGCUAAAGGAACUUCUCUGGCGGAAGCAUUAGGUCCUGUCUGUAACAGGAGAGGUAUAGAACUCUCAAAUGUUGAAGUAAUGUUAGAGCAGUACAAAACACCUCUUCCGAUCUUAACAACUGAUACAGCCUGGUUAGGAGGAAAACAUAUCUCUCUAAGAGAAAAAGACUCUUCUGAAAGUCGUGGCAAUAAACUUUUUAGUCAUCCAUCCAGAAAAACUUCAAGGAGCUGUAAAGGUCGAACUAGUUUUUUUAGUGUAAGUACCGAAGAAGGGAAUGUCACUUCGGAUACUUUACCAACUGAGUCGAAAAGCAAAUCUUCUAGACAAAGAUGGAGUGGUCUUUUUGGAAAUUCUAAAGACAGCAAAAUGGAAAUGUUAGUUGAAAAACUGAAUAAUUACAGUAAAUUUGGAAUACCUCAAGUAAAACGCAACCAUGACGAAGAUAUAGAAGAAUCUCUUUAUAAACUGGAAGAUGAUUGGAGGGAAAUAGUUUCGAAGAAACGGGUGGUAUCAGACAUUGAGUGCCAGCAGCAAGCGGCCAUUUGGGAACUGGUUCAAACUGAAGUUGCAUACAUUCAUACCUUGAAACUAGUCACUGAUUUGUUUUUAGCCUGUUUAAUAAGCCUUCAGAAAGUUAAUCUCCUCCUUGAUAUCGACAAAUCAAGAUUAUUCAGCAAUAUUGAAGAAAUUUCAUCGUGCAAUUUUACUCUUUGGUCCAAAUACCUAUUGCCAAUGCUUGCUUGUGCUCGAGAAAAUGCAACAUUGCUAGAUCCUAAUAUAAUUCUGGAAGCGUUCCUUAAGUGUGAAGAAUUGUUUGGACCUUAUGUUGUCUAUUGUUCAGAGCAGAGUGAGUGUCAGAAAUACUGCAGAGAGAAAACUGGCUCAAAUGAACUUUUUACGGCUUAUUUAGCUUGGUGUGAAACACAGAAGGAUUGCCAUCGUCUUAGACUUCUUGAAAUGCUCGUAAAACCAAUGCAGCGAUUGACAAAGUACUCUUUACUCCUUAAAGCAAUAUUAAAACAUACCACUCUUCCCAAGCAAAAAGAAAAUAUUGAAUUAAUGAUUGAACGAAUCGAUUCUUUUGUAAACAAUGUCAAUACAACUCUGAAGCAAAAGGAAGACAUUGAAAGCCUACGAAAUAUCAUGGCGAGGAUAGAGUCUUAUGAUGUUGUGGAAACCAAAGAUGAGGAUUUAGAGAAGUUGAUAAAACCUCACAAUGAAUUAGAUCUCCAGAAACCGAUGCCAGGAUGUAAUCCUCUUCAUAAAAGACAACUCAUUGCGGAAGCUGAUUUAAAACUGAAGGAUCACAAUAACAGCAAGGUGGAAGUGCAUUGUAUAAUUCUUACUGAUAUAUUACUUCUCUGCAAAUUAACACGAGGAUCGCAUCUAAAAAUCAUCCGACCACCUUAUCAAGUCCACAGGCUUAUCAUCGAAGAGCUAUCAAGGGAUACUCCAACCCUAGCUGUCGUUCACCUAUCAGAGUAUUCAACACCAAUGGCUGCUUUUCUUUUGACAUCGUCUGAUCCAAAAACUAUUAAGAACUUUGCAGUUAGUUUACGCCGAGCAGAAGGCCUUUACAAUACCGCAAAACAGGCUAGUGACGAUACCUGGCGAGUUGAACCAGAUUCGAGCGGAGGAUGCAGUAGUUCAAUUGAAAUGGUAGAAGGCUGUUCUCCGAUUAGCAAUGCUUCAAGGGGCCUAAGCGUUGAAUCAGAAGUUCGCCCUCUCUCGCACAGUUCUGACGAAGCUCUCCCUCAUACGCAAGAUACUCUGCGUGUAAUCGUGCCUCAGCUCGGUCAGUCGCUACCUGACCUGAAGGAGGCCGGUAGGAGGUGGCUGGCCCCACCCCCGCCGACGCCGCCUCGAGGCGUGUCCUAUCCACCUCCGUCUCCUCCUCUGCGCAGGACUCACGCUAUUAGGCAUAAUACCGUCGGCGAUCAAUAA